GACGACUUGAUUGCGCAGCCAAUUUACAACCAACAACAUGGCUCCGCGUUCAUACUCCAAGACCUACAAGGUCCCUCGUCGACCAUACGAGUCGGCCCGUCUUGACUCCGAGUUGAAGAUGGUCGGCGAAUAUGGCCUGCGUAACAAGCGUGAGGUGUGGCGUGUCCAGCUCACUCUUUCCAAGAUUCGUCGUGCUGCUCGUGAGCUUCUCACUCUCGAGGAGAAGGAUCCCAAGCGUCUCUUUGAGGGUAACGCCUUGAUUCGCCGUCUUGUUCGUGUCGGUGUGCUCGACGAGUCCCGCAUGAAGCUCGAUUACGUCUUGGCUCUCAAGGUUGAGGACUUCUUGGAACGCCGUCUCCAGACUCAGGUCUACAGACUUGGUCUCGCUAAGUCCAUCCACCACGCUCGUGUGCUCAUUAGACAGAGACACAUCCGCGUUGGAAAGCAAAUUGUCAAUGUUCCCUCCUUCAUCGUUCGUCUCGAUUCCCAGAAGCACAUUGACUUUGCUCUUACCUCCCCACUUGGUGGUGGUCGUCCUGGUCGUGUCCGAAGAAAGAAGAUGAAGGCUGCCGAGAAGGGUGAUGAGGAAGCCGAGGAGGAAGAAGAGUAGAUGCAUCGCCCCAGAUGACCCAAUAAAAAUAAAAUUUAGCUUUAGGAAAUACCUUAGCUUCGUGUACGAUCACGAUAUAUGUUCAUGAACUAAUUCCUAUUCUACGGUGUC